CCUUGUUGCCGACCUCUUCUCUUCGCCUCCUGAGAGGACUCGGAUUAGCUGCAGCCGGGCGCCCCCGGAGGCCCCCGCUGGCGUUUAGUUCCCGGCGCGCUGGGCUGAGUUGAGGGCGCCUCCUAGAAGAGCCGGGGUGGGGGCCGCUCCGGCGCCUUCCCCUCUUGCAUCUUCUCCUCACAACCUGCUGUUGCCGCCGGCGGUCGGGAGACCCAGGGGCUGUUCUCCCUCUCCUGUCUUUUCUCCCCUUGUCUGUGUCUGUCUGUCUGCCUGCCUUCCCUUCUUCUCGACAUGGAUUUCUCUUUGAGGCUCCUGGUUUUAUCCUGGCUUUACCUGGAGACUUUAGGGGACUUCGACGGAAGGUGGCCUAGGCAGAUCCUUCCCACAACUGGAUUGUGUCGUUUUGGGAGCAGAGUGGAUUGCUGCUGGGGCUGGGCUCGCCACGCCUGGGGCCACUGCCAACCUUUCUACAUCUUAAGGCAGAGAAUAGCCAGGAUAAGGUGCCAACCCAAAGCUGUUUGUCAACCUGGAUGUAAGCAUGGAGAAUGUAUUGGUCCAAACAAAUGCAAAUGUCAUCCAGGAUACACUGGGAAAAUAUGCAACCAAGCUGCACACCUGUUUGCAACCUCUCCACACUGGUCCAGUGAACCAUCUUUUUUCACCACUGCGGAAGAUCAUGCCACAUAUUUGCCUUGGAGGGAUCUCAAUGAAUGUGGCUUGAAACCAAGGCCUUGCAAACAUCGAUGUAUGAAUACUUACGGAAGCUACAAAUGUUACUGUCUGAAUGGGUACAUGCUUAUGCCUGACGGAUCAUGUUCUAACGCUCUCACGUGUUCAAUGGCAAACUGUCAGUAUGGCUGUGAUGUGGUUAAGGGGGAAAUACAUUGUCGCUGUCCUUCACCAGGGUUACAGCUAGCACCAGAUGGCAGAACAUGCAUUGAUGUGGAUGAAUGCAUCACUGGGAGCGUUACCUGUCCCCGAUUCAGGAAAUGUGUCAACACUUUUGGAAGUUAUAUUUGCAAGUGUCAUAAAGGCUUUGAUUUGAUGUACAUUGGAGGCAGAUACCAAUGCCAUGACAUAGAUGAAUGCUCUCUUGGCCAAUAUCAGUGUGGAGGUUAUUCCCAGUGUUACAAUACACUAGGGUCUUACAAAUGUAAAUGCAAAGAAGGGUACAGAGGUGAUGGAUUAAACUGCAUAAGGAUUCCUAAAGUUAUGAUUGAUCCAUCUAACCCCUACAGUGUGUUUAAAAGCAAUUCAACUUUUCUGAAAGGAAGCAAUGGCAUGAACAACAGAAUACCUGAAUCUGGGGGUACAAGAUAUCCCAUCCAGUUGCCAUAUAUACCAUAUGUAAUUACACCAAAGUCUUAUGUGAAGACAACAGGAAGACCAACCGUGAAACCAACAUACAAACCAUACACCAGAUUGGCAACACAACCUGCCACAACAAGACCAGCUUUCAGGCCAGUGACAAGAUCUCCACCAGUGACAAAUCCUCCUCAACAACCCACAGUAUUGUUUAAGCCUGUAACAACAACAGCAGCAACAACAACAACAACAAGAACAACAACAAUGCCAAAAGUAGUAACUCAGGAGCCACUGCCUUUUCCUAGUGAAACUACACCACAACCAGGACCUACAGUUAACAAUUGGAUCCCAAUUGAGCCACAGAAACCCAGAGGAGAUGUAUUUAUUCCCCGCCAGCCUGGAGUGAGCAACCAUCUCUUAGAAACGUUUGAAAUUGAACAAGGGAUAAGUGCCAAUGAAGAUGAAGCAAAUGAUGAUCCAGGUCUUCUGAUUCAUAGUUGCAACUUUGAUGGUGGUUUGUGUCGAUGGAUCAAGGAAAGAAAUGAUGAUUUACGCUGGGAACCUGUUAAAGACUCCUCAGGUGGACAAUACUUAUCUAUUUCUCAACCCAAAGGGAAGGCAGGUCGAUUUGCCCGCUUGGUUCUCCCACUUGGCCAUUUAGCUCGCUCCGAAGAUCUGUGUUUAUCCUUUAGGCAUAAAGUGUCUGGAUUACACUCCGGUUUGCUUCAAGUCUUUCUAAGAAAGACUGGUAUUCAUGGGCCAGCAAUUUGGGGAAGGAACAGAGGUCACGGUUGGAGUCAGACGCAUAUAACAUUGAAAGGACCUGGCAUCAAAAGCGUUAUUUUUAAAGGAGAAAAAGGAAAAGGAAGAACUGGGGAAAUUGGUUUGGAUGAUAUAAGUUUGAGGAAAGGCCGAUGUUCUCAGGACCAUUAGUGGUACAGAUGGGUGACGAGAACAGACUUUUGUUGUCCAUAGAUAUUAUUUGAGACACGUGGAUGAUCGAUAACUUCUCCUUUGUCUUUGUGAAAUCACGGUGGAUCUCCAUAUAAAUAAUUCAAAUUUCCUGUAAUAGCAAGGAAAGCUUAAACAGAAGAAGCCAUUAACAUUGGUUAACAUUGUCUGUGCUUUAGGAGGUUCUGAUUGGAGGAUAUACACAUCCUUUAUGAAGAAAAAACUGCCUAAAUGUCCUUAAAAAGAGUCAACAUCUGAAUCCAUGUCUUCUUGUGUUUUCCAUUGGCUGAUUAUGGCUCCUUUUGUGUCACAAGUUGAAGAUACACCCAUUAUUAUUGUACUCCAUCAAUUUUAAAGUAGAGUGUUUUGUGUGUCUCUGUGUGUAUAAAUAACAUUUAUCCCAUUAUCUUAUUGCAAAAGGCAGUUAAAGAGUAGCACUGCAAUUCUUAAUAUAGGUAGUGCUGUGUUCUGUAUAAAUAUGUAUUAUUAUUGUUAAUGUAUUUAUAUAUGUUGUAUAUUUGCAAACUCUAGAUGUAAGAGGAAAUAACAUUUGCACACGUUAUAGUUAAACUAGCAAAAGAAGUCGGUAGUUCAAUAGCAAGUUCUUUUUAAAAUAUCUAAGACCCGGUAAUUUUCCUUGCCUUUCUAAACCCCAUCUGUAGAAUAUUUUACACAAUUGCAAAAAUGAGUAUAAUGUGAGUAUUACCAGAUUCAGGAGAAUUAGACUUCAACAAUCCUUUUCUGAAAAGAAAAGCAUUCAUGACUGGUAUCAGCAGCACAACUUGGCAUUGAUGGAUUUUUAUUUUUUUAAUAUACUAGCUGAUAACCCAGCGUAGCCCGAGUAUAUAUUUAUCCCAAUCCUGUAU